CGCGAGACCAAGCGGGUGGCGCGAACUGCAAGUCCCGCCCCCCGGGACAUCGCGCGCCUGAGAGUGCGGCUGCUGUGUGCGUGCUAUCAGUGUGCUUAGUGUUUAUCAUCUCCCGGCAGGCAUGGUGACUGAGAGCAAGGGGCAGCCCGGCCAGAGCAGGAACCUGCCAUGGGUGGAAAAGUAUCGACCGCAGACACUAGAUGACCUGAUUUCCCAUCAAGAUAUCUUGAGUACAAUUCAGAGGUUUAUCAGUGAAGACAAACUUCCUCAUCUUCUACUGUAUGGACCGCCUGGCACUGGGAAGACCUCUACUAUACUAGCUUGUGCAAAGCAGCUAUACAAAGACAAAGAGUUCAACUCCAUGGUGUUAGAGUUGAAUGCUUCGGAUGACAGAGGGAUAGACAUCGUUCGAGGACCAAUACUAAGUUUUUCUAGCACUCGGACUAUAUUCAAGAAAGGCUUCAAGCUUGUGAUCUUGGAUGAAGCUGAUGCAAUGACUCAAGAUGCUCAGAAUGCUCUGAGACGAGUGAUUGAGAAAUUCACAGAGAAUACUCGCUUCUGUCUCAUCUGCAAUUACCUGUCUAAAAUAAUUCCAGCUUUGCAGUCCAGGUGUACAAGGUUCCGAUUUGGCCCCCUCAGUUCAGAGAUGAUGAUUCCAAGGCUGGAACACGUAGUGCAACAAGAAAGUGUCAACAUUAGCCCAGAUGGAAUGAAGGCUCUGGUGACUCUGUCCAAUGGAGACAUGCGUAGAGCUCUGAAUAUACUGCAGAGUACAAACAUGGCAUAUGGGACAGUCACAGAGGACACUGUCUACACCUGCACAGGCCACCCACUGAGGUCUGAUAUAGCCAAUAUCCUUGACUGGAUGUUGAACAAAGACUUCACUUCUGCAUACAAAAGCAUAAUGGAGCUGAAAACCUUAAAGGGCCUAGCACUUCAUGAUAUUCUGACAGAGAUCCAUCUCUAUGUACACAGAGUGGACUUUCCAUCAUCUGUUCGAAUGCAGUUGUUAAUCAAGAUGGCAGACAUAGAACACAGAUUGGCUUCAGGAACCAGUGAGAAGCUUCAGCUAAGUUCACUUAUUGCAGCUUUCCAGGUCACCCGAGACAUGAUUGUAGCUGAAGCUUAAAAAAUUAAAUAGAAAGAACUAAUGCCUUGAGAGCAGUGAAGGCAAUACUGUACAUGGACAGAGCAAGACACCUCUCACACAAAGUUUAAGAAGGAAGAAGACGAUGCCAAAGAGUGCAGACCCCAAAACUUAUUUUUAUUUGGAUACAUCUCUGCACUUUGUCAGGUGUGAAAAGACCCCUGUUACAACUAAUUUAUGGUCAUAUUUUCUUAUUGAUGCUGACUUGAAAUUAAGGUCUUUAAAUAAAAUCUAUAUUACAAUA